AAAAAUAAGUUUACGUUCGGACAAAAUUUUUCCCACUUCUCUUCCUUUUUCCUUCAAACCAAACAGAUCAUAAAUUAAUACGUGUUUUCAGUUUGAUCUGCAACCACUAGACAGGCUUUAUUUUAUUCAGUUUCACGGAGCGACGGACCUUCAAUUCAAAGGCCCAACUUAAUAACAGAGAUGGGGCCUUAGAGAUGGAAAUUUUCAUCAAUCCAAGACGGUUAUGAACUUACGAUCGACCACCGGGAAUUAGCGAUGAUGGAAAUGAUUGUCCAAUUCGCUAUUGUGGUGCUUGCCAUCGCGUCCUUUUUUGCGGUACGCUACCUUCCGAAAAAGCUUUUUACUAGUCGCCGGACAAAUCACCGACCCAGCAAUCAAUCCCGCCGGCACUUAGCUCAGGCCACCCAACUACUGGCGCGAGCUAGAUCCACUUCUGACAGAAACAAAUCUGAGGCACUCGCUAAAACUGCCCUAACCGAAGCCGAAACAGCGCUCUCCCUUUUUCCGAAAGAUCCGGCGCCGUACAUACUGAAAUCCCUAGCGCUCGAUCUCCUGGGCCACAAGAGAUCCGCAUUGAGAUCGCUCGAUUUGGCACUAGCGUCACCGCGCGUGAGGUCGAUCCAGGGGAGAGAGCGCGUGGAGGCGCUGGUGAGGAGAGCCGAGUUGAAAUUGGCGGUGAAUAGGAAACGGCGAGUUGACUCUGCCGUUGCGGAUUUGGAAGAGGCCGUUAGGGUGAGUGAAGGCGGCGGCGGCGGCGGCGGCUGCGGCGGCGUCGACGCCAGGGCUUUCUGUGUGUUGGGCGAGUGCUACGAGUUCAAGGGAAUGAAGGAGGAAGCUAGGAGAGCCUUCCAAGAGGCCCUGAAAAUGGACCCAGAAUGUGGCGUGGCUCGUCGAGGAUUGGACCGGUUGGGCUGACCAUGAGUCCUGGCCUUUAAUGGGAUUUUGUUGUCCUGGUUGGUAGCCCUUGAAUUGGAGAAGUUGGGCUAUCUGUCUCCCUUUGGGCUUUAAUGCUGUGAAGGGUACAAGGCUAGGAAUAUCUCAGGGAUUAGGCCCAUUAGGAACUGCAAAAUAUCAGCUGGAAAUGUACUUUUGAGAGCAUUGUAAUUUAUUUCUUUAUAUAUGACAUGAGUGUUCGAUUUUUUUUUUUUAAUUUAAUUAACUAAUUUCAUAAAU